CACUAUUUCUUUUAUUUCACUUAAAAUUUGUGUAAAGUUACUUUAACUUUUCUAUUGAAAACUUAAAGAAUCCUUGUCCCAAUGGUUUUUAUUGACUUGUUGAAAUUGCAAUUCAUUCUUUUGAGUGAUUCCUUAAACAACAAAUUUUGAUUCAUGUUUUUGAACAGUAGUACUUCCUAAAGAGUGUUUUCCCUCACAGCAAGAAUCUACAUGAGUUGCAAUGGCCACGUUUCCCGCAUCCUCAAUUUCCUCGAAUCAAGCUCCACAUUCCGAUCCCUCGACGCAACAAAACGUCUCCACGCACUCUCCAUCACAACACCCCCCAUUCCAAACCAGUCCAUCUUCAUCAACAACAACAUCAUUUCCUCCUACAUAUCCCACAGCAACUUCAUUCCAGCACGCAAGGUGUUCGACGAAAUGCCUCAAAGAACACUAGUCUCUUACAAUACGAUUAUCAGUUCUUAUACUCGAUGUGGAAAUGUAGUUGAAGCUUGGAGCUUGUUGAACCACUUGAGGGCAUGUGGAUUUGCUCCUAAUCAGUAUACGUUAACGGGUUUGCUUUGUUGUGAAACGUUGAAGUUGGUUCAAGGUUUUCAGUUGUUUGCUUUGAGUAUUAAAAAUGGAGUCUUUGAUGCUGAUGCUUUUGUGGGUAGUACUUUGUUGGGGUUUUUCGGGAGAAAUGGGUGUUUGAAUGAAGCUUUUUUGGUGUUUGAUGAUAUGCAUUAUAAAAGUAUAGUGACUUGGAAUACUAUGCUGUCUUUGUUGGCUUGUAAUGGUUUUGUUGAGGAUGCUAAGGUUUUGUUUAGAGAAUUAUUGGGGUUGGGGGUGUCGUUGUCGGAAGGUUCUCUUGUGGCCCUUUUGUCUGGACUCGUUGAUUCUGAAAAAGAUUUGAGUUAUGGUGAACAGAUUCAUUGUUUGAUGACUAAAUGUGGGUUUGACAGUUAUGUUUCUGCGGUUAAUUCGCUUAUUGGUGUUUAUGUUAGGUGUAGAGCUUUGUGUUUGGCAGAGAGAUUGUUUGAGCAGGUUCCUGUUCAGAAUGUUGUGUCUUGGAAUAUGAUUAUUGAUUCAAUGGUGAAAAGUGGGAAGUCUCAAAUGGCGUUGGAGAUGUUUUUGAAUAUGUUGAGGAGGGGAUUGGUUCCGAGUCAGGCCACAUUUGUAGCUGUUAUUGAGUCGUGUAGUGGUUUGAGAAACUUGGUGUGUGGAGAAUGUGUUCAUGCUAAAGUUAUCAGGAGUGGUUUUGAAUCUGAUGUUAUUGUUGGUACUGUAUUGGUAGACUUCUAUGCCAAAUUCGAGAAAUUGGUGUCUGCGCAAUACUGUUUUGAUCAGAUAGAAGAAAAGAAUGUGGUUUCUUGGAAUGCUUUAAUAUUGGGUUACUCAAAUAUUUGCUCUUCCACAUCAACUUUGUUAUUACGAGAAAUGUUUCGAUUGGGUUGUGUCCCUAACGAGUUUUCCUUUUCUGCUGUUCUUAAGUCGUCAUCUGUAUUAGACCUAUGUCAGCUCCACAGUUUGGUUUUAAGAAUGGGAUAUGAAAAUCAUGAGUAUGUAUUAAGCUCUCUUGUUAUGGCUUAUAGUAAAAAUGGUCUUAUAAAUGAAGCGCUUUCGUUUGUCCAAGAGUUUAAUGAUCCACUUCCUGUCAUUCCAUCUAACAUCAUUGCUGGAAUCUAUAACCGAACUGGUCAUUACAAUGAAUCAUUGAAGUUGCUUUCUUUAUUAGAAAGGCCUGAUGUUGUAUCUUGGAAUAUUGUCAUUUCAGCCUGUGCUAGGAGCAAUAAUUAUAAUGAGGUUUUUGAACUUUUCAAGCGUAUGCUUUCCACACACAUCCGUCCAGACAAAUACACCUUUAUGACUGUAUUAUGUGUGUGCACCAAGCUUUGCAGUUUUGAAUUGGGAAGUUCUCUUCAUGGUCUUAUUGUGAAGACUAAAAGUUGCGACACUUUUUUGGGCAAUGUACUAAUUGAUAUGUAUGGAAAGUGUGGAAACAUUGCAAAUUCAGUGAAAGUUUUUGACGAAAUUACCGACAGAAAUAUUAUUACAUGGACAGCUUUAAUUUCUGCUCUCGGGUUAAACGGUUAUGCUCGUGGGGCAGUAAAGAUAUUCCACAACAUGGUGUUGAUGGGAUUUAAGCCUGAUGCAUUAGCUCUCAGAGCAGUGCUUUCUUCUUGCAGAUACGAUGGAUUAGUCAGUGAAGGGAUGAAACUUUUUAAGCAGAUGGGAACCAUUUAUGGGAUUCAACCAGAACACGAUCAUUACCAUUGCAUAGUAGAUCUCCUUGCUAAAAAUGGACAAAUAAAGGAAGCUGAAGAAGUCAUGGCGAACAUGCCUUUUCCUCCAAAUGCCAAUAUAUGGCGCAGCUUCCUUGAAGGCUACAAAAGGCAGGAAAUUGCAGUUUGACUUAUACAGUCAAACUUAUUAAUCUUUUGGAAAUAGAACAUGAACCAUUAAGUGAGCAAGAGUCUACACAAAAUAAGAUUAUGUUGAAAUCAGAUGGAAUCACAGUGGAUAAUUGACAAUAGUAAACUCAAAUGAUCUGCGAUCUCUGCAUACUUUCUGAGUAGCGGUUAAUCAGAAUACUACUCUUGAAGUUGUCUGUUGCUCAUAAAUAAACGUGCACACCCCCACUCUUAUUUGUUUAUAGAGAAAUGGAGCAUCUGCUGAGAUGCUAACAAGCCUGCUGGUGCUUUACGAGAAGCUUAGAAGUGUUGCAAUGUGUUUGUUUUCACGGUGAUACAACUGUGAGUUCAAGCAAAACCUGCAUAUAGCAAUUUUAACCCUACCACACGUUCAACAGUAUAUCGCUGCAAAAACAAACACGGGCUUAGCUUAUUGCUCCAUAUGCUUAGAAGUUAGAGCUCAUUGUAAUGCAUAUUCAAUGAAGAACUGCCUGUUGCAACAUACAGAUCCAGGCCAAGGGAAAAAAAACAUGGAAUCUGACAAAUUUCUGAACACUUUGUUUCACUGAAUGGAACAUCUUUGUCAUUUUGCAGAGUUAAAGCCAAACUUCCUGCUCAAUGAAUACUCUUAGAACACGAGGUCUACCAAAGCAGUACAAAGAAAAACCCGAGCUUGAAGAAACUGAAUAAUUGAGCAAGUUAAUUUAAUUUAUAAUUAAAGAAUGUCUACAAACAAGUCCAAAAGCUGAUAUUUUUGUUCAGUAUGUGCAUUUGUGGCAAACAGAAGUGUUUGAACAAAGGGAAAGCAAUGCCAGAAAGAUGUUUCAUUUUAGACUUCAUCUUGCCUUUCCCUUUCACUGAUAACUUUUAUGUCAAACAGUAUAAAGAAUUUCAUUGAAGUGUAUUUUC